AUGUCUCCUUCGGACGUCCCGGACCCUAUCUCUCCGACUUCUGCUAGCGCUGGUCUCCCCUCCGAUCCAGCGUACUCCACUCUAAGUGCAUGCCUGAAUGGACCCUUGAACCGGAAAACUGUGUCUUCGGGUACCGUGAUCUCUUUGGCGGAUCUUAGAUCACCUUCCUCUGACUUGCCUCCAACCCCCAAAACCCCUGAUUUUGGAGGGGAAAAUCAAACGAGUCACCGCGCAGAUGGGACUUAUGUACUCCCUGUCCAUCCUCUAUCUGAUCACACAAAAAAUGAUGUUAAUAGACGCAAGGAGCAAAAUCGAAACGCCCAACGAGCAUUUCGAGAAAGGAAAGAGAAGCGUCUCCAAGAUCUCCAAGGCCGAAUUGAAACGUUGGUCGCAAAACAGCAACCUCUUGCAGAAGAGAAUCGUUGUUUGAAGCAGCUCGUUCAUCAACUACAAGCGGAAAAUCGGGACUUGAAUGCCUACAAAACAGCCUUCAACUUGAUUGCCUCCGAUGGUCUGCCCAACUCCGCCUCGCCGCUUCCACCUGAAAUGCAAUCCCAACCUCCCCCGACCAUCAACACUAGCAACGGUCAUCCUGAAUCUACUCCUUCAUUGCAAUUCUCCUCCCUACGCCAUACUGCCAUGGAUCGCAAGAAUUUGGAUACUUGUUCGCAGGCCUCGAUCGCUUCGCAGUCCUCCGGCACAGACUCUCCAUUCCCUCAUCCAACUCCCGGCGGGACAUCUCAGCCAAUGCUUCUAUCGGUUGAAUAUCCUGACAUGACCUCGAUCAUGCCUCCCUUAGCCGGUGAGGGGCACGGUUCAGACAAAAUGGGCUCGGUUAAGAUGUGCAACUUUUCAAAUAUCACCUAUCUCGAACAAGCACAACCUCAGCCAAAAAACUCUUACAUUUUCGGGACUUCUUCAGAUGUCAGCGGUUCUCUGCCAGCAUCUGAGGCACCCUCAGGCUCCACCAUUCAUGAGCUUCAGAAUUGGUACAACGAAAUCAAUUUUCCGGGAUCCAAGUAA